AUGGCCCAACCUAAGCGCUGGGAGGGUCGGGUAUCCCAUGUCUUCUCAUCAUCAGCUGGUUCGGCUCAGAUCCACAUCCCCAACAAUUUAUCAAAGAACAGCCUCCCGGUAGACCCGACCCCACCACCUUCGACUGGAGUCGACAACAGUCUCGAGGACAGUGCUGCUGUCUGGAAUCAUAUGGACGGUCCAGCGUGCACGGACCGAAAGACCAGCGAGGAUCUGAUCGGGAGUCGGGAGGUGCAAAAGGUGGUGGAUCCUUCUGCGCUUUGCUGGUGCUGCCAGCCGGAUCAGGACGAAUUGACCCAGUGGAGAGAUGCUGCUCAUGGGCAGACCUGUCACUUUGGCAAACCCUUUUCCGACGAGGAGACCAGAGAAUCAACGGGCAGUUGCUUUCCCUCUGGCGAAGAUAAGGUCAUUGUCACCGGAUCCGAGAUUGCGUCACGAGAAUACAAGGAAUAA